CGUGCGCGGCGGGGCCGCGGGUGAUGCUGCUCCGGAGCGUGGUUGGGGGAGGCCGGACGGUGGCCGCCGCUGCCUGCGGUCCGGGGCCACGUGGACCCUCCAGCUGGGACAGGUGCCAAAGGCUUCCUGGAGGCGGCAGCGUUCUUUACAGGCCGCAUGCCUGGGUCCAAGUCCGUGAAGGCCACAGAGAUUUUGGGAAGGACCAUGUAGAGGAGGGCUCUCAAUCAGGUGCAGAUGGCACAGGGCAGCCCAAGUCGUCCUUGCCUGGCCGGGGCCCCCCAGAAGUCCUGUAUCCCCCGCCGCCUGAGCUCCAGCCCCCCACAAACUGCUGCAUGAGUGGCUGCCCCAACUGUGUGUGGGUGGAGUAUGCAGAUGCACUGCUGCGGCAUUACCAAGACGGUGGUCAGAGGGCCCUGGCUGCCCUCGAGGAGCACGUGGCUGACGAGAACCUCAAGGCCUUCCUCAGGAUGGAGAUCCAGCUCCGAGUGAGGAGUGGAGGCUGA